UCUAGGAGAAUGAAGUUCCACAAUCUGAUGUAAUUAUUCCAGAUGAAUGGAGGCCACCAAAAUGAGAAAAGGACAAAGGAAUCCAAGCAAUCGAUUGGAAAACAGACCGAAAUGAUGGUUUGCUGUUCACUGCGCCUGUGGCAGAAUUAUUGAAUGCAGAAUAUCCAACUGUACUUCUUCAAUAGACACACAAAAGGUGCUGUUCUUACCCACUACCACCAUGCCUGCCCUGGAACCUGAGCAGCUAGCCAUCAGGGAAAUGAGAGAGGAUGAGGCAUCAGUUGUUCUGGAGCUUCUGAAGGAUGGAUUCAAGGAUACUGAGAACCGCUUGAUAUUAUAUGUGCUGACACGGCCGUUAGCCCUGCUGUUGAUGGCUGUGGUGAGCAGCGGCCUUCGCUUCUUCCUGAACUCUUUCGUGGUAGCACUGGUGGUGCCGGUGCUGCUCACCGUAGUGGCACUGAAACUCCUGCUUUGGCGUUCUCCAGACCUGAGGCACCUGUAUGCCUAUUACAACGCGGGCCAGCGUGGGCUCUGGGUGGCUGUGUAUGACGAGGACGACGUGUGUGGCUGUGUGGCUCUGGAACCGCGGGAUGGGGAGCCCCACACUGCAGAGCUGAAACGCUUGGCUGUGAACCGCUGGUACCGGCGCUCUGGUGUUGGCCGCCACCUCCUCAGCUUCCUAGAAGCGCAGGCACGUGCACAGGGCUUCAAAUUCCUGGUGGCCCAGGUCUCUGUAGUCACCAAGGCUGCCAUUGGGCUCUUUGAGAGCAGUGGCUACAACAUGAGCAGUGGGCGCCGGUGGCUGGGCUAUACUGUUCAGCAAGUUUUCAGCAAGGAGCUGUAGCAUCUAUGACUAUGAAUUGUCCAAGCUGCUCCAGGGACUCAGACAGGGAAAGCACAUGGUCUUGAUUUGGGGGGGAAAGUGCAGAGGUCCCAAAUUGGGCUGUGGCGAGUGUGCCAUCUCCAGGCCUCAAACAUGGCAGCUCUGCUCUGCUAGGUGGCUUUUCUCUUCCUGGGAUGUGACAAUGCUUCACGCACAACAAACGUCACUCUGGAUAAAGGACUGUUGUUUGAGCCCACACCCUAUUCUUUCAUGUCAGGCCCUUUAUCACUGUGGGGGGCUCCAAGUAAAGCCAUCCCAGAUAUUUCUCCAUUUGGGGGAACUGCAGUGAACACCCCCUGUAACCCUUUCUCCCGUUAAGACCGGGCUGGGCGUACUCUGCUACACACGUGCAUCUUUUUUGCACCAAGGUAAGACUUGCAAUCUGAGUCAGUUAGGCAAAUCAAACCAAUCUGGAACAAUUGUUCUGCAUAAUUUAUUCUCAUUCUGCUUCUCAUGCAGAAGACACUUUGGAUUGCACUGAAACCUUACCUGUAGGUUGCGUCCCAAUGCACUUGCAGCAACCUGCCAACAGUGUUAUUCGUGCAGCCCCAAGAAGCGCAUUCCCAUUCCCUUAACCUAAAGAAAAACUAAAAUGUCAAGAUUAUAAAUUCUGAAGAUGCGUGAUAGAUGCAAGCUUCUUUUUGUAUUAUUUUAGGAGUCCGGGAAGCAAACCUCUUCCUGGCUUUUCUAGAUCGAGUGGUUACAUUCAGGUUUUGUCAGGCUAUGUAGAGACAUGCAUAAUUUCAGAGGUAGGUCAACUGUGGAAGCAUAUUCCCAACUGUUGGGGAUUUGUGAAGAGUGGCCUUUCGAGAGCAGGUCUGAGGGAACUUGUUAUUUUAGUUCACAGCAGAAACUGGAUUUGUACUGCGUUGGUCUGCCAGGAUGGCCUUUUGUGAAUCAUGAAACAAUUCCCCCACCCUCCACUUAGAUGCCAGUUUGGUGUAGCGGCUAAGAGCGUGGGACUGUAAUCUGGAGAGCCGGGUUUGAUUCCCCCCUCCUCCACUUGAAGCCAGCUGGGUGACCUCGGGCCAGUCACAGCCCUCCUGAAGCUCUCUCAGCUCCACCCACCUCACAGGGUGUUUUGUUGUGGGGAUAAUAGUGACAUACUUUGUAAACCGCUCUGAGUGGAUAUUAAGUUGUCCUCAAGGGCGGUGUAUAAAUCAAAUAUUAUUAUGAUUAUUAUUUAUUAUUAUUAUUGUGCAGCUGUGCAGAGCUCUUUUUUCUGUGUCUCCUUUGGAAAGCCUGGUUCACACAUGCAGUGAAAUAAGGUGGGAGAAACCUGAGGUGCUCAAGUGGACUGCAUCACAUCAGACAAGAGCAUCACUCUUCAGAGUCCUCUCUUUGAAAAUUACUGCAGAUAGAAAAGCCAGCAAGCCAAGAAGGCCGGGGUCUUUCUUACUGCUGUGCUAGCUUUCUAUUGGCAAAGAUUUUAUUUUAAAAAAACAACAACUAGUAUCCAUCACUUGCAGUCUGAAGUGGUGAAGGUCACUGAUUUCAACAAAAAGCAAUUAAAACUUUGUGUGUGAGUGUCCUUUGGUGGCUGUGAGAUGUUUUAUGUCAUCUUACCACAUCUGGUUCUGUUCAGAGGUGAUAUAGUCCAGUUCCACACGGAACAGGGGAGCCAAGUCCCAUUUGCCGUAUAUCCCAGCUAUCCCCCUCCAAAUACUGUUUCAAGAGAACUGUUGCACUCAAUACUGAAUUAUGCACCUGAAUUAAGUGAACAGACGUGUGUAUUUUAACAUAAUUUAUGAUGUGUUUAGAUUUUUGAGUUUUUGCAGAAUUUGGCAGCAGAAUUGAGUAAGGAGAAAAGAAGCAGGGGAAAAUGACUAGAGACCUGCAUAUUUAUUUAUUUAUUUAUUUAUUUUAAUGCAGCAGUAUAGCCUCUACCAUUUUCGUGUCUUUCCAAAGGAAAACGUGCCUGAAUGCAUGUAUGUGGGGUAGGACUCCCAUUUACCUACAGGGGCUGGGUAUUACUAGCCCUACUUUCUGGCCCCUAAGAAAUUGAUGAGCAAGCGAAAAAAUGACCUCUACAUAGUGAUGCUUUAGGGAUUUCCUCUAGUCUCUAUGGUAGAGGCUAUACAAACUAUGAUAAAGACCAAAGAGACUAGGGAAGGCAGGCUACAACACCAACUGGAAGUGACAUCAUGUCCUCCCCAAGCUCCACCCUCCCCAGGCACCACCAUACCUGAACCUAGCAUUUGCCAAGGCAGUGUUAGGCAUCCUUAUGGGGCAGGUGGAUGUUGCUCGAUGGAGAUAGUUGUACUAGCAGGUGGGAGAAUGCUUAAGUAUGCAUAUAAGAAAG